GGUGCCAUGCGGGGCCCGCUGCUCUGGGCGGGCUGGCUGCUGGCCACCGGCUGCCUGCUGGAAGCCACGGGCAGCUGCCGGCACCGCUGCUGCCCCGGCAGGAACAACGCCUGCUGGGCCCCGGGCCGGGCUCGCUGCUACUGCGACUCGUACUGCCAGCGGACGGGAGACUGCUGCCAGGACUACCUCGCCAUGUGCCGCCGUGCCGCGGUGGGCUGUGCUGUGGGGCCCUGGGGGCCGUGGAGCGGGUGCAGCUCCCAGUGCGGGAUUGGCAGCAGGGCCCGCAGCCGCCAGGUCACUGUGCCGCCCCGGCACGGCGGGGAUCCCUGUCCUGACCUCAAGCAGCGCCGCGGCUGCCUGGGGCAGCGCCCGACCUGCGGGACCGCCAAAGCUGCUCUUCUGCCAGAGGUAGCCAAGAUACUGCCCAACUCCUUCAGCCAGGGCUUCGGAGAUCCCUGGCGAAGAGCUGGGCUGCCACUGCAGGAGGAACCCUCUGGCUCCCCCUUCCCCAGCUACUGCGGCUGUUUCUGCCUGAUGCAGGUGGGUCCCCUGUGCCGCGAGCGCGCCUGGAGCCGCCGGCUGCAGCGGGACACGCAGGUGUGUGUGGAAUGCUGGGGGGAUCUGUCCCACCGCCAUCCCCACUGCACUGGAUGUGGGCUGCAAGGAGCCAGCUAGUUCUCACUGAUUUUCCCUUCCAGGACAUUUUGGGUGGCUGCUUCUGUGGUGGGGUGCCAGGGCUCGUGGGUGCAGGAGGGCCUGCAGGAGGGCUGUGUCUGCUCCCCACCAGCUCUCAUCCUCACAUAGGAUCCCCCUUGGAAGGUGAACUGAGCCUCCCCAUGGCACCACUCCUUGCUGGGGAGGUGGGGAAUGAAAUAAAAAUGUGGUCUCUUUCAUAAUUUCACCCUCCUGCAGGUUUGCUGUUCACCCUUGGUGCCAGCUCCCUGUUUUCCAUUAAAUAUUUUGCUAAAGAAUGAAAAAACCCUUCUUAUAAAGACUAAAAAUAAGGGAAUUGCUGAAGUGUGGUGAUUAAUGGUAGAAGAAUAGCAUGAUGAGGUUAAGUCUGGGUGAGAAGAUGAUGUGGCGGUGUGAUGAUGUCACACUCAGCCAUGACAUCAUACUUUCAAUGAGCUGCAACUGGCAAGCACUGUGAGGAUGGAGGCAGCAUCCCUCACCUUGUCUGAGCUCACUCACUGCAGUAGCAGGUGAGCCAUGCAGGGCACUUCAGCCCUGCUGGGCUUUGCAGAGAGGAAUUUACCAGACACCCAAAGUCUGCACACAGGCGACGGUGCCAGUGCCCAGUUCCAGCCGUGGGGUUCAGCAGCCCCCAAUGGCAGGAAGGGGACUGGGCUGGGUGGUGCUGCUGCCCUUCCCCACUCCUCACCCAGCACAGCCUGACCUUGCUGGUGGGGUCCCUGCUCCAGCUUUGGGUGGUGCUACCACAGCCUGUGGUGGGAGCAUGGGA